UCAGUAUCUUUCAUGCAGUGUCUUGGCAGAGUUGUGGUUCAUACAUGAAUGUCAGAGACUAAGGCUUAACUGUCUUUGCUGUGUUCUGGAGGUGUGCAAACUUGCCACUUUGUUAAUAGUUUUACUAUUGUCAUGUAUCUUUUUGUUAUUACAGUAUUAUCAUAGACUUUAUUAUUGUUUGUAAUUGUGUGAAAUACAUACUUCUUAUGGUUAUCAAAACAACAUAAGUGUUACUCAGAAUAUUGUCUUUGAUGCCAUUAGUAGUCCAAUACUUCAGUGUUAUUCAGUAUUAGUAUUACUGUUAUUUAUACUAAUACUUUUAUUUAUACUUUCUUGCAAAGACACCCACAUAGAAACAUUCAGAUGAUUAUGUAUAGCGCUCUAAGUAGGGCAGUUUCACAAUCUGGAGUAAUCAACGCUUUGCAAUAAGAAUGUUAGGCAGUCCACUUAUCAAAUUAAUUUCCUCUGAUACUGCAAGACACUCAUUAUUCUGUUUUUUACUCACACAGUAGGUUGAGCUUUGGCACAUUAGACUCAGGCUGCUUUUGCCUUAUGAGUUUAUUUUUAUAUGUGUUGUGAAUACCACCACUGGUUUGUUUUGGUACUUUUUUUUUUUUUGCUUUGUUUUUGCUUUGUUCGCCCAGAUUUUGCUUAAUUAUAGAGGGAUUUUGCUGUUGGUUUUAAGAGAGAGGGAGAAAGAAAGAAACAAAGAAAAUAAAGAAAGAGGAGGGGGGCUGAGAAAGAGACAAAAACAGAGUAAGAAGAAGAAAAAGAGAGAGAGAGAAUGUAUCAUGCCUUGACAAAAGAAACUAAAAGCUGGUCUUAGUUGACAACAUGUGAUAUCCUGUCUUGAUAAGGAAAUGCCAUUUGUCAUAUAUUGAUUGUACCUUUAUAGGGCAGUUCUUAUACAUCCUGGCAUUAAAAGUAAAAGCAUAUUGUGCUGUCUGCCUUUGUUUAGAAAUUGGUGAGAACUUUUUACAUGUAUAGAUAGAUGAAGUAAGAAUUUUGUAAGACUACAGGUUCAGUGAGGGUUGUGAGAUGAAAGAGCUGAGAAUUUCAGGGGAUGAUGUUUGAUUUUUAACACAGAAUAAGUGUUCAGUGAUAUCAUUUACACUUACGAAUUGCUCCUCACUGCUAUGGGGUCAUUACUGAUAUGAAAAAGGAAGAAGAAAAAUCAUUUAAAACGGGUGGCUCUUUUUACAGGUGUAUUACUCCACCACGGAGCUACAUGACCCCGGCGAAUCCUCUGACAUGGAUGCCGAGCUCAUAGCGGACCAUCAUGACAUAGCUAUGGAUGACCUUAAUGGCCAGCCUCUCAAUGAUACACGGAAGACUCCCCUUCAUCCUGAUCUGUUCAUGGAAGAUGGAGUCUCCAGCAUUGACUACGUUUUGGUCUCGAAGGAAAUUGAGACGGAAGACCAGGCAGAUAAUGAGGAGAGACGGGAAACCUUUGAGAACAAUCUGAGAAAAGAAGGUUUAACCUUGGAAGUGGAUCGUGUUGAAGAUGUUCCCCUUAGAUUUGUCAAAAUUCAUGCUCCCUUUGAGGUUUGCACAAGAUAUGCUGAGAUCCUAAAACUGCGAAUGCCAAUGAGAGAGAAAUUGGAUGCAGAGUUUCAUGACCACCGAGUUGUGCUCCAUUUUCCUGGCCUGCCAGCACUGGAAUUCACUCCACCUGCUGUUUUCCAAGACAUGACAGAUUGUGUCAGCAAAAUAUUCAACUUUGUGAGGCUUGACCGUAAUGUAUUCCCACCCAAGAACAGACAUUUCACAGCCGUUUAUUCUAGAGAUAAAGAAUAUUUGUUUGAUGUGACAGAGGAGUUCUUCACAGCAGCAGUUCGGGCACGUAUCAUUGACUUUAUAUUGAGAAGAAAAAAGUUCAAUGAUUCGGAGGAUGAUGAUUUUGCUUUUGGCAUUGAGAAGAUGCUGAGCGAAUCUACAUAUGAGGCUGCAUAUCCCAUUCAUGAGGGUGACCUUCACGUGGAAGGAAACGACCGGUCACUUCUAUUUAAAAAUUGGGCUGCCCUUCGCAACUUUUACAAAUACCAGCCUUUGGAUUACAUCAAGGAUUAUUUCGGAGUCAAGAUUGGCCUCUACUUUGCAUGGCUGGGAUUUUACACAUAUAUGUUGAUUCCAGCAUCCAUUGUGGGUCUUCUCUGCUUCAUCUAUGCUGUCUCGACCAUUAAUAAUCACAUGCCAAGCAAGGACAUCUGCAACAAGAGCAUGAACAUCCACAUGUGCCCUUUGUGUGACAAGUUUUGUGACUUUUGGAAACUGGAUGGUUUCUGUUUCCAUGCCAAAUUCACCUAUCUUGUUGACAAUCCAUCCACAAUCUUUUUUACUGCUUUCAUGUCUCUUUGGGCGGCUCUCUUCCUAGAGAUGUGGAAACGGUACUCUGCUGAAAUCACCCAUCGGUGGGACUUGACAGGCUUUGACAUUCAGGAAGAGCACCCAAGACCUCAGUACCUAGCCAGACUAGCGCACAUAAAGAAAAAGACGGUUAACAUUGUCACAAAAACUGUGGAGCCGAAACCCCCUUUCUGGAAAAUGAGAUUCCCAGGAAUCAUGAUCAGUUUGUCAUCGGUUGUUUUGCUGGUACUAAUGGCGCUGGUGGCUGUUAUUGCUGUCAUUUUAUACCGCAUGGCUGUACUGGCAGCCCUGGCCAUCCAUGGGGAUUCGGUCAUCACUUCUUAUGCCAUCAUCUUCACUUCAACCACGGCUGCCUUCAUCAACUUGAUUUGCAUCAUGAUAUUCAACCAGGUAUACGCUCGUGUUGCUGAAAGACUGACAGAACUGGAGCUGCAACGGACUCAGACAGAAUUUGAUGAUUCACUAACACUCAAGAUCUACAUGCUGCAGUUCAUCAACUACUAUUCAUCUAUCUUCUACAUUGCCUUCUUCAAAGGAAAGAUGGUGGGCUAUCCAGGGAAAUACAAUCGUAUCUUUGGAUCAAGACAGGAAGAGUGUUCCCCUGGUGGCUGCUUGCUAGAGCUCUCUGUCCAGCUGGCCAUCAUCAUGGUGGGCAAGCAGGCAAUGAACACGUGCAUGGAGAUGGUGAUCCCCAUGCUGUGGAAGUGGUACAACAUGCUCACCGUCCCCGAGAACCAGAGAGAAGCCCACAGCCGCUGGCCACGCUGGGCAAAGGACUUCAGGCUGGUCAACUUCGAUCCAAGGGGACUCUUCCCUGAGUAUUUGGAAAUGGUGCUGCAGUAUGGAUUUGUCACCAUUUUUGUGUCCUCAUUUCCACUGGCUCCUCUGUUUGCCUUCCUCAACAACAUCUUCGAGAUGCGUUUGGAUGCCAAGAAGCUGCUGACACAUUUCCGACGCCCCAUCUCUCAGCGUGUCAAGGACAUUGGCAUCUGGUUCAAGAUCCUGGACUCCAUUGGGAAGUUGGCUGUCAUAACAAAUGCUUUCAUCAUAGCCUUCACAUCUAACUUCAUCCCCGAGCUGGUGUACCGCCACGUAGUCUCGGAGACAGGUUCAUUAGACGGCUUCCUCAACCACUCGUUGGCCACUUUCAACGUCAGCGACUAUCCACCAAAUUACAAAGUCAACGAUACACGAGGCAUAGAGCAGUGCAGAUAUCCAGAUUACCGAAACCCGCCUGGGACAGCGAACAGUUACGAUUAUGCACCAAUCUUUUGGCACAUUCUAGCUGCGAGAUUAGCCUUUGUAGUUGUAUUUGAGAAUGUUGUAUGUGUCAUCAUCCUGUUCAUCAAAUGGAUCAUCCCAGAUAUGCCAUACCGUCUGCAGGAACAAAUUCGAAGGGAAGCGUACGUGACCAAUGAACUGAUUGUUGAACAGGAGCUGCGGAGAGCAAGAGAAGCAAACACAACAGCCAGCUCCUCUCCGCGCUCUCCCCUGAGGCGCCAGUACUCAGAGCCAGCAAGGAACAGAAAUGUCCAGGAUGUUCGCUUUAGGAUCGGUAACAAUAAGGAUGACUUUGCCACCAACGUGUAGGAUUUUACAGGAAUUUUAAAAGUGCCUGCAUCCUUAUGAAAGGCUUAUAUUUGUUCAGUUACUUCUUUUUUCUUUAAUUUAAUUUUUAUUUAUUUAUUUUUUCUGAAGCAGGUCAGUUACUUAAACAGUCCUUCCAUUGUUUUUCUGGCACACAUUCAAUGUACAACAUAACACAAUACAAAUACAGAGAUUACAAUAGAUUUAGUGUGAUGCAGUUGUCCACUAAGAUACAUGUGUAUGCAGGAAGGACCUCUCAGUCAUCUUCCUGGCUUUUUUUUUCUAGAUAGAGGAUUCCUGAUUGAAGUAAGCAGAAGAUGAAGGACUUAUUGGUGAUACUGGAUACUUAAAGAGGUAUUUAGGUUGUACGCGUAAAAUAUGUGGACUUGCAGAUAAUACCUGCAGUUUACCUUUGUGUUUGUUAAAAGGAAAACCCAUGCUACAGUAAAGGAAUUUUGAACGUGUAUGUGUCACAUUUCUGGGUAACAUGGUAUGUGUUACAUUAUUUUAUUUCUGUGGAAAAGGAUUAUUGCUACACCUGUUUUAAUGAUCUGGUCAGUCUCUUAGUGAUUUUAUUGGACACUAAUAUGUAAUUGAUGUUUAACAAAAAAUUAUGUAAAUAAUUGUGAUAAGACAUUCAAUUUUCAGUAAUUUUAACACUUUUGUAAAUGUUAACUAUGUCUUUGUUUCUGGAACCUAAUUGCUAGUCAAUUUGGAGAUCAUUUUUUAUAUAGCUGUCUAACUUUAUGCAAAGGAAAGAUCUUAUCUAUCACUAAACAUACAUGCAUAUCUCUAUAUAUGUAUGCCUCACUCCUCUCCUUUCUCAGAAGUUUUUCCAUCUAACAUUUUCCAUGUGCUCAUGAAAAUGCAGAUCACCUCAUACUCUGAGAUUUAAACAGGAUCAAGGACACUUUUGUCCGGGGAAAAGAAGGCCUUUCUUGGAAACUUUGCAGUUAGUGUUAAAAUUUGAACCAUUAGCUUAGACAUCCUUCUUUAAGAAAAGGUUUAGUUUCUCUCUGUUACCCUGGAAAUUCUGGAGGGACACGUAGAAAUUAAAUGCUGUAUCAGUGCACUCUCAGACAUGGAAUCAUCCAGAGUCAAAAUUCAUGUAGAUAGAAGUGACAUGUCCUUAGAGGAACAUGUUUACCAAGCCAUAGGAAGAAGCAGUAGGGUGGCCAAUUUCUUUUCACCCAAACUUUAACACCGUCAGCUGAUGCUUGAAUUCUCUCACAGCUGGGAGGAGCAUGGCCAGCUAGGAACCAAGGACCUUGCAGUUGUAAUGCCAGUGUUCUACCUCUAAACUACACCAUCUCCACAAAAUUAUUAGUGGAAUAGGUAAAAUGUAUUGAUAAUUAGGAAUAGUUUAAGCAAAAUUAGUAUGAUUCUCCCAAACACUCUUUCCUGUUAAUGUGCCUUAAGUUGUUUGAGUUUUCCCUCCUGAAUAAAAAUAGCAUAUUGUAAAUCAUUAGUUUAUAUGGAGAGUGAAAUGAAACGAUUGUUGAUUGUGAGAUUUCGUCCAAAAGGAGGAUGUAGUCGUUUGUUGUUUGGAGGAAAGUUUUUUGGCUUUGUAUCUUAAAUGUUGCAUGAAGAGUUUUUAAAAGUCUUAUACCAACCUUAAAGGAAAAAAUGAGAGGUCAAGGUAUAUUUUUUGAUGUUGCAGUUAUCAGAGAGCACCUAGUUAGUAUAUGUAUGACAAGUUCUAGAAUAUAGCUUAGUCAAAAAAUGGUUUGGAUCAUUAAUACUUGAAGUGGAACAAGAUCUGCUUGGUAUUUCUGUUGUGUGGAGAAGUGACUGAUUUUAUGUUUGGGUUUGUGGGACGUUUUAUCAAUUUAAAUUUACAUUUCAGCAUUUAAGUUCAACUUCAGUGGGGGAAUUCAGCACAUUGAUUGCCUGAUUGAUUUUCUAAUUAUUACUGGUGAUUGAGGGCAAUUUUGAGAAUACAGAUAUCUCAAGGCAUUCAUUUCAUUAGCAUUAGUUUUAACAUUGUUUUAAACCUCAAAGGUUAUGAUAUAGGCAGGACUGUCCUCUCCUGAGUUCUGGAAAAUAAAAAAAAAUUGCGUUUUCCAGUUCUUGCAGAUUCUUCGCAUUGUUCUUGCAUUUUCUCAGGGUGUCUUAUCCUAGAUGAUGUGGCAGUUGAUUUUCAGUUGGGAAAUCAGAGGGAAAAAAUAUGUUUCAGCAGAUGAUAUGAAUUAAUGUUAGUUGCUCUUAUAGGCUAGUAUAGUUAAAAUAAGAUUUUAUAAGAAGGAUAGUUUCCUUAAUUAUAUAGAUUUUGCAAUGUUUUUACAUCUAUAUUCACAAACUGAUGUAAGUGUGAGAGGCUAGGAAUUUUAGCAUUGACUUCAUGUGAAGUUCAACAAUACCUGCAAAAAGCAUUUUUUUUUUCUCUCUCUCUCUCUCUCUCUCUCUCUCUCUCUCUCUCUCUCUCUCUCUCUCUCUCUCUCUCUCUCUCUCUCUCUCUCUCUCUCUCUCUCUCUCUCUCUCUCUCAUUCUUCCUUGUUUCCUUUUUUUCCCUUCCUUCCAGCUCACAUAGAUUUACUUAAGCGAUAUAAGCCAGGCCCAGGUAAGCCACAGAACUACAAAGAUAAUUAAAAAUCAUAUUCACUAUAGGAUGGACAGUCACUACAAACCUUUCCAGCUCAUUUCUAUAGUGUUAUUUCAGAUCAUGAUGAGGAAGAUUCUUUGUAGUGGAAAUAUUAUGAACAGAAAGGAAGCAAGUAAAAGAAAGAAAAAAAAUAUGGCAUGGAAUUGAUCUCGGAAGACAUGUAUACACUUUUUUAAAGACCAGAUGGUAUGGUUGGUCUUGGAAGGGUCAGUCUAAUGAGGAGUUUUUGAAAUUAUUGUUAUUAUUACUAGUUUCAUUGAUGUUAUUAUUAUCAGAAAGAACAUUUGUAUAAUUUUCUUGAUUUUAUCCAUGUUUAGUAUUUUUUUCAUUAUUAUUAUUAUCUCUUAAGAUUUAAAAAAAUACUGAAUCAGUGCAGUUAACAUUGAUUUUAAGUGUAGAUACAAAAGAACCAAAGUUUUCUUUUCCCAUGUGAUUGUUUUUGUUUAUUUAUUCACAUAUGUAAAGUUUUAGUUUAUGCAAACAUGUUUGCUUAACUAACCAUUUCUACAACUAACCCCAUUUAGCUUGCAUAGUUACUAUAUACCAAAUUUUUUUUCUCAUUUAUGCUGGAUUACUGUUUUGCUCAAUUUGUCAUGGUAUGCUUUGCCAAAGGGACAUUGAAUUUUGGGCUUAGAACAGCAUUUUAAAGCAAUAUGUUUAUAGCAAAAUAUUACUGCUAUUGUUGCCUACUAUUGUUGCUAUUACUAUUAUGAUGAAAAAACAAAACUUCCUAGAGUCUAGUCAGUUACUUUUAAACUGAAUGGUGCAUAUUUAAGUUAGUGCAAUAGUUCAUGUGGCUAUUGUUGUUCACUCUUUCUGUCUGUUUUUUUUUCUUCUUCUUCUUUUUCCUUUAAUUAUUUUCUUCCCUUUCUUUCUUUUUUCUUUCCCUUUGCUUGUUUCUUUUUUUCUCUCUCUCUCUUUUUCUUUCCUUUCUUUUUUUUUAAAGUAAAGGAAGUCACUCUCUUAACAUGUUAAUUUUUAAGAUAGGCUUUUUUAUAAUAAAUGUUAGGUCUUAUCAUCCUAUUCUUGGAAUGGUACAUCUUUUUUAUGGAAGUGAUGAAGUGAAUGUACAUCAAGCUUUGUAAUGUUUAAGUCAUAUUGUAUAAAUAAGAUUGAGCUUCCAUGAUUUUGCUUUCUCUUUUUCGAAGCUUUACGUUUUUUUUACGCUUAUGUAACUACACUUUUGCCCUUCACUUGGGACUCAACUUUAAUGUUCACUUAAUGUUAUUGAUUUUUGUUUCAAUCUUAAGUCUGACGAAUUAUUAGUAGUAAAUUAUUUAACUUUUAUUUUGUUACCACAUUUCCCAGAUAAUUUGCUCAUUCAUUCAGUUUGUAAAGAGGUCUGCAGCUUAUAUUUCUCAGAGUAGGUUUUUAUGCCUCGUAUAUGUCAUUAUAGCACAAAUAACUGGUUCUUGGUUUGUGAAGUUGAAUUGGUUGUUGUAGAUAUAGGCUAAGUGAAAGAAAAACGAGGAAGGUGUAUUUAAAUUUUUUAUAGCAAAUUAAAUAGUUAAGGACAUAGCUAUUAUAUGUGACAUUUAAAAGUAUUUAUGAUGUUGUUGAACAUUACUUAGGAAUUAUUUGGAAUCAUCAGAUAGUUAUUUAUUUAAAGAUUUUUACAGAUAAUUAAAGAAAAAAUGGUUUGAAAGAUUUACAAUAUAAAUUUCUUGGAAUGUUAAGAAUCUCUCUGUUGGUGUUUAUAUCUUUAGAUAUCUCUCAUCCCUUAUCCAUGCAAUGCUGCAACAUUCAUUGAAAGAUCAGGCCAUUGAAAGAAUGAAAAUGAAGGUUAAUUUCAUCCCUGUCAUGAUAUUGUUAUAAAGUCUACUAUUCUUGGUAGAGUGAAGGAAACAGUCCCAAGUGAUUUUGAGCAGUGCUUUAAAGAUCAGUUAUAUGGGCAGUCUGAUAUUAGGCUUCUGGUCACUAUUUUUGCUUUAACAAAAAUGUUUAUACAUAUUUUUUUUUUUUUUUUUUUU